AUGAAAUAAGGCGAUCUUUAAAUUUAAAAGAUUAAGAAUAACAUUAAAAGCAAUAAAAAUCCAAAAUAUAUAAGUAUUGCUUUAUAAAUUAUACAAUCAAUCAUAUAGAAUGCAUUUAGAUUGUUUGCCAUUCAUAAAGUAAAACGAAUAACUUAACUAGUGUUGAAAAGAGGGGAGUAAGCAAUUAAUAAAUUUUUAGGGAAAAUGAUUAAUUGAUUGAGUGA